UUUUUCUUUAUUUUAUUUUAUCUUAUUUUGUUUUUUUGUGGGAAAAAAAAAAGAACAAUAAAAAUAAUUGUAGUUUACAAUAAAAGUUCUAACAAUAAGGCAAAAGUAUAUAUACAUAUAUGUGUAUAUGAAUGUAUACAUGUACUUUAAAAUGGGAAAUGUUUGUUCCAGAAUAAAAGAAAUUCAUUCUAAUUCAUCAAAUCAUGAUCAUGGUUUUUUGAAUCCACAAGGAAUUUAUAAUUCAAAAGUAGAUUAUGACAUGAAUGUUGUUUCCAUUUUAAUAAAAAAAGGGAAACUAGCGCCUUUUUAUAAAGGUUUGAAUGAACUUAAUGACAAUUAUAAUAAUUUAUGUUAUGAGACUGAAUGCCCAAUAUGCUUCCUGUUUUAUUCAUCGAAAGUGAAUAGAACAAGAUGCUGCGAUAAACCGAUUUGCACUGAAUGUUUUUUACAACUCAGAAGAUCUAUGACUUCUCCGCUUAUACCAGCUGCUUGUCCUUUUUGCUUGCAUCCUAAUUUUGGCAUAGUUUAUAUCCCUCCUUCAUGGAGUAAGCACUUUAAUGGAUUUAAGAAGAGAAGAGCAGACUUGAUAUUGAAAGAUGAAACAAAUAGUAUGGAUAUAAAAAAUACUGAUAAUAGCAGAAGAAACUGGGUAGUAGAGGCAGAUGAUCCAGACGUUGUACUUGUUGAUACAAUAAGACCUAAUUGGGAACAAGCGCUUGCAGAAGAACGAAGAUCGUCAUCUGUUGGUACGACAAGACGUAGAAGAGUCCAAUUAAAUAAUAUGGAAAGGAGAAAUUCUUUGAGAAGAAGUACUAGUCAAAGAUCUGCCUUAAAUUAUCCAAUUAUGAAUAAUCAUGUUUCAUAUGAUUCAUUUUCUGAAAUGGAUAUAGAAGAUGUCCUUGUGAUGGAAGCUAUUCGAUUAUCAUUAAUUAACAAUGGGGACAAUUCUGCAGCUAAUAUACCUACAACUGAUAAUAACAAUACUAAUGCUGCAGCGUAAAAUAAUGUCAAUUUAUAAUAACUUUUUUUUUCUUUUUUCAUACUCUUUAGAUAUAUAAAAUGUAGUAUUGCUAAUGCUUAUUUGUUUUUUAGGCUA